CUUACCAUAACAUUCAGCUGAUUGGUGGCAGAUCUGACAGCUGGAGAGAGCUGAGUAUCCCGUCCUUCCUCUCCUUCUGCUGCGGACACCCACGAGUCCUGGGUUCUUCAGACCUGUAUACAAUGCUCUGAUCCCCGUAUGCUCAUCCGAUCAUCGCAUCUUCAUUCAAUUUCAUCUAGACAUCUUUGCUAGUUCUUUCAUCUCACUAUGCAUUUAUUCAAAGUAUCUCUGUUGGGCUUAAACGUUGUUUCAGCGGUCAAUGGCUACACAACUGAGUUUGAUGCCAGCACUUAUGCAAAGGCAGAUGUUGUCAAUGUAGAUGUGGCCAUCAUUGGAGGUGGUGCAACUGGAACGUAUGCAGCGAUUACGCUGCGUGACCUGGGAAAGAGCGUGAUUGUCGUGGAGAAACAGGGAGAAUUGGGAGGCCAUACGGAAACGUACAUCGACCCAGCAACAGGCACCGCAAUUGAUUAUGGAGUCCAGCGGUAUGAAAACACGUCUGUCGCAACAAAAUACUUCGAUCGCCUUGGUGUCACCUACAAUGGGUCUCCAAUGCCCUCGUACACCAAUGCUACUGUCUAUACGGACUUUACCACCGGAAAGCCUCUGACAAACUUCACUCCAAGCUUCAACUUUGGGCCGUAUAUUACCCAGCUCGAGCGAUAUCCUUUCCUGGAAUGGACAAAAGAUCUUGCCGCCCCAGUAGAUCCCGACCUCUACUCUUCUUUUGGAGACUUUCUCGUCAAGUACUCGCUGCAAGAUGUUGCUUACAGCAUCUACAUGUUCUCCAGCACAGCGAUGCUCCAAUUACCCACACUGAACGUGAUCAGCAAUGUUGGACUAAAGGAGUUAGGAGUACACACUACUGCCAUCGGGGUUGUCAGUGAAAAGGGCAACCACAUCAUCUACAUCAAUGCCCUCAAAGUGCUUCAGAAAAGUGUUCUCCUGAGCUCUACCGUGACAUCAGCACGGCGCAAUAGUUAUGGGAGUCAACUCGUCGUUUCGACCCCCACUGGGAAGAAACUAAUCAACGCGAAACAACUUCUUAUUACCAUUCCACCCACUGCCAAGAACCUGGCUCCAUUUGUACUCGAUACUAAAGAAAACUCCAUCCUUUCGCACUUCGUAGCUGAGGGUCUUUGGCCCGGUAUUGUCAAAAUCUCUGGUCUACCCGCAGGCGUGACAUACAAGAAUGCAGCACCAGAGACCCUCUACAACCUCCCCACAGCACCAGCAAUCAACAGCCUAACUCCCACGGCCAUAGAAGGCUUUUACAGAUUCUAUAUGUUCAACGCCGAGCCUAUGCCUUACGCACAGGCUAGGGCCAAAACUCUGGCAUCAAUAAAGGCAUUUGCUGAUGCAGUGACUGGGGUAUCGACCGAACCGGAGUUGAUCGAGUUUGCAAGCCAUACUCCCUGGUAUUCAAAAUUCCCAUCUGAGGCUAUCAAGAACGGAACCUGGCAUGAACUUUAUAAGCUCCAGGGUUACCGAAAUACCUGGUAUGCGGGGAUGGAAAUUGUGUUGGGCUCUGUAGCGUUGUGGAACUAUACCUCAACAUUGAUUCCGGAGAUCGUUGCUAAGCUUUGAAGUUGAAGAGGAUAAUACACGGGAUAUCUUUAUGCAUUUGGAGGGCUAGAU